UUAAACGGAGUUUCCCAAUAAUUAGCACAGAAUGCUAUCGAAAAACGCUUGUGGGGUGCUGUUUGGAGCCUGCCUGCUGAUCUUCUGCCUGCCGGGCUUCUCGGAGGCCGUUGGCGAUUACUCGGAGCUGUGCCGCCUGUUCAAGAAUGGCACCAACAUCCGGAAGCCCGGCACCUGCGACGAGUACAUCCAUUGCAGCGACGGCGAAGGCAUAAUGAAGUUCUGCGAGGGCACCACGCCCUACUACAACAGCAUCAAACAGGAGUGUGUCAAGGAGCUCUCCAACAGUCACUUGUACUGUGGCAAUCGGUGCGAGGGCCGGAACGGCACCUGGGUGUCCGAUCCGACAAACUGCGAGCAGUACUUCUACUGUCGUGAUGGCGUGCCGCUGGCAGGUGCCUGCCCCAUUGGUCAGCAUUUUAGCGAGUCGAGCCAGGCGUGCAUGCACGGCGUGGACUCGCAGUGCGUGGACGUGGCGAACAUAUGCGAGAUCCUGCCGGAGAAUACCGCAUUUCGGUACGAGGAUGACUGCAGCUACUACUACGUGUGCAAAAACUCUAAGCAAACGCUGACUAAGUGCAAAUCGACGCUCUACUUCAAUGUGGAGACCGGCGACUGCGUGGCGCGCAAUCUGGUAGCCUGUGAUGCCCACUCCAAGGAGGGGGUAUGCGCCGCCAGCAGCAAGGUCGUCUUCAAGUCGGAUUCAGCCACAUGUCGUGGAUACUUUAUCUGCAAGGCCUUCGGCACCGUGGCCGACCUGGAUCCCUUGUGGAACCAGUGCCCGGAGGGCACCUUCUUCGACGAGGGGCGCCAGCUCUGCGGCAAAGCCACUGACGUGGUGUGCACCCACAACCGAUGCGAUGGCAGGGGCACCAUGCUGGUCGUCAGCAGCAAAAACUACUGCCAUAACUACAUUCAGUGCGUCGAUGGCCUGGAGGUGGCGGAGAGUACCUGCCACUUUGAUCACUUCUUCGACGAGGUGAUUCAGGCGUGCAGCAGCAAGAUCAUCUACGACAACUGCUGUGACGAGCAGCCCAAUAGCAGUUAAGAUCGGAUCAUAAUUACAGAAAGA